AUGCUAAUAAAAACACCGCAGGGCAUUCCCUACGAUGAAUUAUUUGAUACCUUAUUAAGAAAGGCACUUCCUGCUAAUUUCCACUUUAAACGAUUUUCGAAUACGAAUCUGCGAGUAUUGUCUUCAAACGAGGGAAAACAUGUAUUUUUUUUUGGCUUAGACUUGGGCUUGAAUGCUUCGAGUGUAAAAACUCUCGUGCAAGACAAGUAUCUUACGUGGUUAUUGCUAAACGAAAAAGAAGAGACAAGAAUUUAUAGCAUGCCCUUGAAUAUGAAGUUUUUCAUCAGCUAUGGGCGAGAGCUAAUCGGUCACAGAAGAAUGUUAACAAGGGAUCUAUAUGACCAUAUUGAAAAAGAAAAAAAACUUGUUCUUAAGCCUGUUAAUGGCAUGGGAGGAUUUAAAGUCUUUAAAGUUGAAAAUAAAAUGCAGAUUGAUCGUGCAUUGAAAACCCUGGGACUUGAGACUGCAUUUAUCGCCACUAAUUUUAUAAACAUCAAAGAGGAAUAUCGCAUUUUUGCUUAUCGUCCAGAAGAUGAGCUAGAAGUGCUUUUUUGCAUAAAAAAGACGCCCAUGCGAAUUAAAGGUGAUGGUAAAAAAAAAAUCAAAGAAUUAAUAUUUUAUAAAUUCUCUCAGUCUCGCGAAGGAAUAGACUACGAAGGGACCUGGAAAGAUGUGGAAGAAAUAUUGGCUGCCCGGAACUUUUGUCUUGACGACAUUCUUCCUGAGGGAACGGAAAUCAAUGUCACCUGGAGGCUUAAUCAAGUUCUGGGUUCAGAGACUACGGUAAUUGAGAGAAAUAAUAUUCCAGAUAAGGUUCUCGAUAUUGCCAGAAAUGUAUUUCAAAUAUUGAAUAUGAAUUUUGGUUGUGUCGAUGUGGCUAAAUGCGAAAAAAUCGAAAGAGACGCGAUAGAUUAUGUGAUUGUUGAAGCGAAUACAGCGGUACUUAGCGAUUUAUUUGAUUUCUAUAGUCAAGAAGAGUUGAUUCAAGUUUUAAAGAAAUCCAUAAAUCAUCUUCUCAAACGUCAUGUUAAUACGGAAACGAUUUUGGAUAAUAUUAAAAACACACAAAAAGAGGAUAAAAAGGAAACGAAACAAAUAGUCACGACUUAUGAAGAAAAAGCAAGUUUAAAAAAACAAUGUAUCAACGAAGCAUGCAAAUCUAUGCAGGUUUCCGCGAAAUUUUAUAGUCACGAUUAUUUGUCCGUUAUCGACGAUAAAAUCUUUAUGAUAGCCUUUGAUCUAGGAAUCGAAAAUACAACGGCCGUCAGCAUUUGUCAGAAUAAAGACGUCACCUCGCAAGUCUUGAAAUAUGCAAAUGUUCCAUCUGUAGAACACAAACUAUUUAAAAUGCCGGAAGACCAAAAUGCCAAUGAAGGUAAUUAUGGUCUUCUGGACGAAAUCUUCCAACAAGCUAAAGAAUGGAAUAUGAAUGUAAUCGUUAAAAAAAGAGUAGGCAGUGGUGGCAUGGGAGUAUUUCGUAUACAAGAUGAAAUCGAAUUAGAAAAACUAUCAUUAAUAGAAAUGGAGAGAGGGAUUGUGAUGUCCCCUUAUCUGGAUAUUAAAAACGAAUAUCGCAUACUGACAUUAAAUGGAGAACCAUUGUGUAUCUACAAGAAAAAUAAACUUAACCUAGUAGGCGAUGGAAAAUCCUCGUUCUUGGAAUUAAUAAUCAUGAACAUCAAAGACAAAGGAUUGCGUAACAGAGUUCUGUCGGACUUUUUAGAUAAACAAAAGGAAAGUCUUGAUUAUGUGCUAAAGAAAGGCGAGAAAUACUCGGUUACCUGGAAACAUAACCUCGACCAGGGAUCAAUUCCUGAGAUUUCCGAAGACGCGGAAAUCAACACACAAUUGUUAGAUUUAGCAUUGAGAAGCACCAGAGCCAUUGGGAUGACUUAUGCUGCUGUUGAUAUAAUUGAAACAGGUGACGAUGGCAAAUUAUAUGUUUUGGAAGUUAACAGCACGCCAACAUAUUAUCAUUUCAUCGCAAAGAAUGCUCAAAUUCUUAAUUUUGGAACAUUAUCGACAAUUCAAAUUGGACAUUUGCACCAACACAAAAAAUUAUCACAAUCGGCUUCAAUUGAUGUAAAGAAUUGCACUUCGUAA